GACACGUGUCACUUCCUUUUAUGUAGGAUCCUAACGAUAAAAUUGCGGGCGUUAGUGAAGAGAGCUUAUUUCACACAGAGAGGCGCCAGGCGAAAACGCGAAGUCAAAAUUCAUUCAUCUUUCCUACACCCACCAAGAAAGUGUUCCUGGAACAUCAAAGUGCAUUUCUGACCUGCUUGCCUAAAAAAAAUUGAAAGAUUUAAGCAGCUUAGAGAGCACUUAUGACAUUCACAUAUUUCCUGACAUCUUGAUAGUCUAACCUCAGUGAACAGCAGCGCACAGAUAUGGAGAUUGAGCAACUUCGGUCUUCUUUCAAUGCUGCAGGGCAAGGUCAUUUGUUGCAAUUCUGGGACACUCUCACAGAUGUGGAUAAAAAGAAUUUGGCCAAAGAGUUGUCCAGCAUUAACUUAGAGGAUGUGAACUCUUAUUUUAAGGAUGCUGAGCAGAUGCUUAAGACAGUUUCAGAGAAGAUUGAUGAUCAUCUUCGACCGUUGUCCCCUGAAGUGUGUGGGAGUGUGACCCGCUCUGAUCCUGUGAAGCUCAAGGAAUAUGAGAAGCUAGGUUUAACAGAAAUUGGCUCCAAUAGAGUCGCCGUUCUGCUACUUGCCGGUGGGCAGGGUACCAGGCUUGGUGUGGCUUAUCCAAAGGGCAUGUACAAUGUCGGCCUUCCAUCUGGCAAAACCCUGUACCAGAUCCAGGCAGAGCGGAUUUUGCGACUACAGAAACUAGGGGAAUCUGUAACAGGCAAAACUUGCUGUGUACCAUGGUACAUCAUGACCAGUGAACACACAAAGGAUGCCACAGAAACAUUCUUCCGCAACCACAAUUUCUUUGGCCUCCGUCCAGAAAAUGUCAUCCUUUUUGAACAAGGUCUCCUUCCAUGCCUCACACUAGAUGGCAAGAUCAUUUUAGAGACUCCUAGCAAGGUAGCACUUUCUCCAGAUGGAAAUGGUGGGUUAUACCGUGCCUUGAAGAAACAAAAAAUCUUGGAAGAUAUGGAAAGGCGUGGCAUUGAGUGUAUACAUGUCUACUGUGUGGACAACAUCUUAGUAAAAAUGGCUGACCCAGUCUUUAUUGGCUUUUGUCGUGGCAAGAAAGCUGAAUGUGGCGCAAAGGUUGUAGAGAAAACAAUUCCUCAGGAGGCAGUGGGUGUGGUGUGUAAGGUCAAUGAGCGGUACCAAGUAGUUGAAUACAGUGAAAUCACCUUGUCCACUGCAGAGAAACGUGGUCCAGAUGGACGACUAGUUUUUAAUGGUGGCAACAUCUGCAAUCAUUUCUUUACCCUGGACUUUCUCAAACAUGUGUGCGAAAAACCACAGGAAAGCCAGCUGAAACAUCAUGUGGCUAAGAAAAAGAUCCCUUAUGUAGAUGCUAAUGGCAAAGCAGUGAAACCAGAUACUCCCAAUGGCAUCAAGAUGGAAAAGUUUGUCUUUGAUGUCUUCCAGUUUGCCACUGACAGGAAUUUUGCUGUGUGGGAAGUUAUUCGGGAAGACGAAUUCUCUCCACUGAAAAAUGCAGAUGGUGCAGCAAAGGACACACCAACAACUUGCCGCCAAGAUUUGUGUGCAUUGCAUCUGCGGUAUGCCAUUUCAGCUGGAGCUAAUUUCGUUCAUGCUGAUGGCACACCAUAUACAACUUUUAAGGGCAAGCAGCCCAGUAACAAUGGUGACUGCGUAAGUACCAAUGGCCUGGAAGACAUUCCAGUGUGUGAGAUCUCUCCACUUGUUUCUUAUGCAGGAGAGGGCCUUGAGGAUCUCAGUGGAAGAAAGUUGCAGCCCCCUGUGGUGAUUGAAGCAAAAGCAGAUGGGCAAGGAAUAGAUGUGAGAGAAAAUGUUCAGUAAACAACAGCACAUCAUAAAAAAAGCUGAUUGACAUUUGUCAUCUCAACCCUAUCACAUAACUGAAGAAAACUGCUGCACAUUGCUAUCAACACACAAUGGCCAGAUUUUGUGGAACACUUUGUAUGGUGCCAUGCACUGAAGGAGAGAGGGAAGAUACCUUUCUGUGGAUGUAGACCUGUAAACAAAGUCUGCCAGCAAAGUCUACCAAAUACUAAUGUCACAAAGCUCUGCACUUAGUGAUUGUACAAAAUCCAUGCAUUUAAGGUCAUCUUCAAGAGGUCAAAGUUUGCAGGUCUCAGGGGUACACUGCGUUGUUGCUAUGUUUUGUCUGUUGCAUAGCAGGAAGCUUGGAAGCAUCAGGAUCAGAAAUAUUUCAUGGAAUUUUUUUGAUUUUUUUUUUGGGGGGGGACCUAGAGAUUAUUACCAUAAUGAUAGGUCUCUCUUGAGUGUAUACCCUAGAGUUUCACCACAAGGUAUGGAUAUCAGAAACUGUAUACCUUCUGAAGAAAACCAAGCCUUACAGCUACAAUUGUCUCACCAGCCACUUUUACUGUGGUCCAAGCUUGUUUGAAAGGAAUACCACAAUCCGUGUGCACAGAAACAAUUUAAUAGAGACAGUACUAGAUAAGUUGUAUUUGGGAUCAGGCUUCAGAUAUUACAGUUAAAUUCAUUAUACAUCUCUGUGGGUUUAAAAAAAAAAAAAAGAAGAUAUAGACAGCAAAAACUUGUCAAAAUAAUUAUCGUAUUUUCUUUCAUAAGAUAAACCUGUUUUGUGGUUGUAUGUUUUUGUCUGUUGUAUUUUUUAUUAUUAGCUUGUUUCAUGUAGUUGCAAUCAAUAUUCAUUUACAAUCAUAAUUUAUAUUGGAGUUUUAAAAAGUACUUGAGCAUCAUUUUGGUGCUGAUAAGAGAUGCAUUUCAUCACAAACAGUUGAUCAUGACAGGUUUUUAAAAAGGAGAACAGUGUCAACUGGACCUACUAGCUACACAUCAUUCAGGUUGUUCCAAAAUUGUUGAUUGAUGGUUGCCAUACAGGGUCUGAGAGAGACUUUGUCUCCUCUUUCAAGUGAAAAAGGAAGUACAGAGUAUCAGGUUCCUAACUAGCUUAUGUCUGUUACCACAAAAGCAUGGACUUUUUUUUUUUUGUUGUUAUGUCACUCCGUUAGGAGCUGCAUUUUAAGUUUCUGAGUGGCAGUAGUGAUCACAUGUGAGAAUAGUGGUAAGCUGCAUUCUUGUAUGAUCAAGAAAUGGUGCAGAAGCAUUAUUUAAACUAAACAACCAAAAAAGUGAGUGUCCCAUACUUCAUGACUAUGCAACUGGUUCUGGAAAAGGACUUCAACUGUACAUACAGCUAUUUACAUUAUGGUUGUGGCUGUUGAUUUUAUCAUGAUGUAGAGAAAUGAUUACAGACUUUUGUCUUUGGGGAUUAUUUCAUAAAUGCUCCACCCAAGAUAAAUCUGACAAGUUUGGGUUCUCCCUAACAGUGCCAAUAAGCCUGUUAUUGUAGUGUAUAAGCUCGUAUUGAUGGUGGUGGUAUACGGCUGACGUUUCAUGUUAAGGUGCCAUAGCAAAAUAAUUCAGAGCACUUGGUUCCUGGUAAGGCAUAUUAAACGUUUUAUUGAUCAAAUUUAUCACCUGGUUGUUGGGAUGGAUUUCUAUUUAUACUUGCAGUAUACUGGUUUUGAGAAGCAGGCCUUGGGUAUAUUUUUGAUGUUUUGCUUUGUAUAUCUAAGUGCUUGGGUUUGGCAUCUUAUUUAAAUCACUUUUUCAUGUGGACUUAAAACUGCCCAAUGCUAGAAGAAUUUGGAAUGUUUGUAUUUUAUUUUUUUGCUAUGGAUGAAUACUGAAUAUUCCCCUACUACUGCAACAAAGCAUUAAGCAUGCCUACAUAUGCCACUGAUGUUUCUGCGGACAUUUUGACACUUGCUCAUGCAUGUACGUGGUUCUUAGUGACUUUUGUGUUUUGUACUUAAGUUUACAUAUCUUCCUAAUCAGGGUUUAAACCAUCACCAUUAGCAAGUAACAAUCAAACCUGACAGUAGAAUCAUAUUUAGACAACCCAGUUAACAUGUGCCAGUCACGUUUGUUGAACUGUAUAAUCUUUAUUUUUCUGAUUUGAAGCUGAUGAACAUUAUAGAUAUGUCAGUUCAGCGUGCCUCUACCAUUGUUUUCCUGUUAUUAGGGAGGAUAUUUUACAUACAGUUUCAUCUGUUGUGGAUGAAACAGUCAUGUGCAUAAAUUUACCUCCCUUUGUUAUCUCAAAUCACAUUUCCAAGGGCGAGAGGUUACAUUUAUGUGGCCUAUUUCUUUUUUUCUUUUUUUAAGUGAUACAAUUUGCCCAUAUUUUUCUUCAACUGUGCUUGUUUUGGAGCAGUUAUAGAAGGUUCUGCAAUAAAGCACACUGGAUUUGUUUUUCCAAAGGCUUCCAGUCCCUACAAAUUGCCAUGUUGCAGAUAUGAUCUCUAUGAUUCAACAGAUAUAUGUAACAAAUCUGUUUAUCAGAGCAGCAGACAUGUAUUUUAUGGCUAACCACAUUAUGAAUCAUCGGCAGAAAUGGCCUUUUUGUAUGCUGCUAUAUGAAUCUAUCAUUUUUUUGUUCACAAAUGGGACCAUUGUACAUUUUAGAGCAGCCUUAUUGCAACUCUUUAUGCAGUUUAACAUUGUUUUGUAAGUUGUAAAUUUCCCUCACUUUGAUCCCUUGCUUCAUGUCAUCAAGGAAGAAGUUGCUAUGGUUCUUUUGAUUCUGCCUUCACUUCUUUAUUCUCUGCUGCACUCCUUCAAACACUUUUUCCCCCUUAUCUCUAAAAUUGAAAAAUCACACCAAUGGUCGAUCCAUUUUUAGCUGCCAUUGGGACCAUUACCUUUACUGAUGGACUGCACUCAAACUGUGCCCUAAACACAGUGAAACUGAUUUGCAGCCCUACAACCAUGCAUGUGUGGGACUAUUUUUGAGGACUGACAAGAAGCUUAAAUUAAAUAAUAACAAAACUGAA